AUGGGGCGUGGCGCAUGCUCCCCGAUCAUUCUACCAUCUAUCGAUGAUGGCAUUUCCUCACCUCGCUUUAGGUUUCUUCGUGAUAAGUUUCGCGCAGCUCCUAACACGGUCCUGUUCAACAGCCCUCGUGCUUACACGGAUAUUCAUGGCACCCGCGCGAACAUCAUUCGUGGCAAUUUCUACAAAGCUUGGAAAUGUGACGAGCAUGAUUUACAUACGGUGAACGCUAUGGAGCCUGCGCUGCAUGCGAAGAGGAGAAAACUACUCAAUCUUGCGUUUACGGAGCAGUCGCUGAAGGCGACCAGUCCUAUUAUAGCGAGGCACAUUGAUCGGUGGAUAUUCCUGCUGAGUAGCACAGUAGGCUCUAAUAGGAACGUACACGAUGCGAAAAGCGGUGAUACUGAGGCUUGGUCUCAGCCUGUCGACAUGGCCGAGCGUGUGGAGUACCUCGUCUUCGACAUCUUAGGAGAACUGUGCUUCGGAGAGAGCUUCAAUACCAAGGAACCUGGGGCGAACAUGUUGAAGGAGGUCACGGGUCAGAUUUUGAACCAAGUUGCAUUCGGAUACAAGCUAUCUAAGUCACCUUUCUACAACUUGUUUCUCUUCUUCCAGCCGCGCGGCCUUAACAGACUUCUUGCACGGCUCAGGAAACGGGAGGUCGUGGCGUACAACGAGUUCGUGGAGAACAGUGUCACGAAACGCAUAGCUGCGCACAAAGCUGAUCCAAGUGGGUCUCAAAAGGAUAUGUUCCACUUCUUGCUCACUGUGAUUGAUCCCGACACGGAUCGUCCUGCAUUCAGCGAUCGGGGCCACAUCCUUUCUGAGACGCGACUUCUCGCUUUGACUGGCACUGAUACAACGGCCACGACGCUGUGCGGUGCUUUUUUCUACCUGGCGCAGUAUCCGAAUGUGCUCGCUAAGCUCCCAUGCGAAAUUCGUACAACCUUCCAGUCUAGCGAGAAGAUAGAGCUGGGAGCCAAGCUGAGCAAUUGCAAGUACCUGCGUGCCUGCAUCGACGAGUCGCUUCGCAUCGCGCAUCCGGCGCCGAGCGAACUACCCCAAGAAGUGCUCCCAGGCGGUGCAGUGAUUGACGGAGAGCACUACCCUGCGGGUACUCUGGUAGGCUGUGCUGCUUGGGCAAUGGGUAGAGAUGAGAAUGUUUAUGGAGACGACGUCGAUGUUUUCCGGCCCGAACGCUGGAUCCCGUCUGACGAUGCCAAUGCUUCAAAGACAGACGCCGAGGUUCUGAAGCUCAGACGUACGUUUCAUCCAUUUUCCGUUGGUCCUAUGAACUGUGCGGGCCAAAAUCUGGCCGUCCUGGAACUGCAAAUGGUUCUUGCGAAAACGGUCUGGGCCUUGGACUUCAAUCUUUCGUCGAGUGACGAUACAGAUGGUGAUGCGUUGGACCAGCCAUGCCCCCCUGUUUACCAUGUCAAGGACAUCUACCUUUCUAUGAAGACUGGGCCGUUCCUCCGCUUCAAGCCAAGACUAGGGUAAAGAAUGGAUUACUGGCUAAUGGGUCGGUCCAAUGU